CUCGCCCUCCAGCUUCUGCCCUGCCUGCUGUGUGCGGAGCCAUCCAGCGACCACCAUGGUGAGGCUUGUGCUGCCCAACCCCGGCCUAGAUGCCCGGAUCCCGUCCCUGGCUGAGCUGGAGACCAUCGAGCAGGAGGAGGCCAGCUCCCGGCCGAAGUGGGACAACAAGGCGCAGUACAUGCUCACCUGCCUGGGCUUCUGCGUGGGCCUCGGCAACGUGUGGCGCUUCCCCUACCUGUGUCAGAGCCAUGGAGGAGGAGCCUUCAUGAUCCCGUUCCUCAUCCUGCUGGUCCUGGAGGGCAUCCCCCUGCUGCACCUGGAGUUCGCCAUCGGGCAGCGGCUGCGGCGGGGCAGCCUGGGCGUGUGGAGCUCCAUCCACCCGGCCCUGAAGGGCCUAGGCCUGGCCUCCAUGCUCACGUCCUUCAUUGUGGGACUGUAUUACAACACCAUCAUCUCCUGGAUCAUGUGGUACUUAUUCAACUCCUUCCAGGAGCCUCUGCCCUGGAGCGAGUGCCCGCUCAACGAGAACCAGACAGGGUAUGUGGACGAGUGUGCCAGGAGCUCCCCCGUGGACUACUUCUGGUACCGAGAGACGCUCAACAUCUCCACGUCCAUCAGCGACUCAGGCUCCAUCCAGUGGUGGCUGCUGCUGUGCCUGGCCUGCGCAUGGAGCGUCCUGUACAUGUGCACCAUCCGCGGCAUCGAGACCACAGGGAAGGUCGUGUACAUCACCUCCACACUGCCCUAUGUCGUCCUGACCAUCUUCCUCAUCCGAGGCCUGACGCUGAAGGGCGCCACCAAUGGCAUCGUCUUCCUCUUCACGCCCAACGUCACGGAGCUGGUCCAGCCGGACACCUGGCUGGACGCGGGCGCACAGGUCUUCUUCUCCUUCUCCCUGGCCUUCGGGGGCCUCAUCUCCUUCUCCAGCUACAACUCUGUGCACAACAACUGCGAGAAGGACUCGGUGAUCGUGUCCAUCAUCAACGGCUUCACAUCGGUGUACGUGGCCAUCGUGGUCUACUCCGUCAUUGGGUUCCGCGCCACGCAGCGCUACGACGACUGCUUCAGCACGAACAUCCUGACCCUCAUCAACGGGUUCGACCUGCCUGAAGGCAACGUGACCCAGGAGAACUUUGUGGACAUGCAGCGGCAGUGCAACGCCUCUGACCCCGCGGCCUACGCGCAGCUGGUGUUCCAGACCUGCGACAUCAACUCCUUCCUCUCAGAGGCCGUGGAGGGCACAGGCCUGGCCUUCAUCAUCUUCACCGAGGCCAUCACCAAGAUGCCGUUGUCCCCACUGUGGUCUGUGCUCUUCUUCAUUAUGCUCUUCUGCCUGGGGCUGUCAUCUAUGUUUGGGAACAUGGAGGGCGUCGUUGUGCCCCUGCAGGACCUCAGAGUCAUCCCCCCGAAGUGGCCCAAGGAGGUGCUCACAGGUCUCAUCUGCCUGGGGACAUUCCUCAUUGGCUUCAUCUUCACGCUGAACUCCGGCCAGUACUGGCUCUCCCUGCUGGACAGCUAUGCCGGCUCCAUUCCCCUGCUCAUCAUCGCCUUCUGCGAGAUGUUCUCUGUGGUCUACGUGUAUGGUGUGGACAGGUUCAAUAAGGACAUCGAGUUCAUGAUUGGCCACAAGCCCAACAUCUUCUGGCAAGUCACGUGGCGCGUGGUCAGCCCCCUGCUCAUGCUGAUCAUCUUCCUCUUCUUCUUCGUGGUAGAGGUCACUCAGGAGCUGUCCUACAGUGUCUGGGACCCUGGCUACGAGGAAUUUCCCAAAUCCCAGAAGAUCUCCUACCCGAACUGGGUGUAUGUGGUGGUGGUGAUUGUGGCUGGAGUGCCCUCCCUCACCAUCCCUGGCUAUGCCAUCUACAAGCUCAUCAGGAACCACUGCCAGAAGCCAGGGGACCAUCAGGGGCUGGUGAGCACACUGUCCACAGCCUCCAUGAACGGGGACCUGAAGUACUGAGAAGGCCCAUCCCACGGCAUGCCACACACUGGUGUCAGGGAAGGAGGAACCAGCAAGACCUGUGGGGUGGGGGCCGGGCUGCACCUGCAUGUGUGUAAGUGUGAGUGUAUGCUCGUGUGUGAGUGUGUGUAUUGUACACGCAUGUGCCAUGUGUGCAGAUAUGUAUCAUGUGUGCAUGUACAUGCAUGGGCACUGUGUGAGUGUGCACGUGUAUGCACACAUAUACACGUGUGUGGGUGUGUGUAUUGUAUAUGCAUGUGCCAUGUGUGCAGAUGUGUGCCGUGUGUGUGCAUGUACAUGUAUGGACAUUGUGUGAGUGUGCAAGUGUGCAUGCAUAUACAUGUGUGCGACAUUUGCUGCCCGUGUGUGUGCAUGUAUAUGUGGACAUACAUGCCUGUGUUGUGUGUGGUGUGCAUAUGUGUGAACACACACGUGUAUACAUGCAUGCACGUGUGCUCGUACAAUGGGUGUCCACAUGCACGCAUAUAUGGAUACCUGUGAGAGUAUAUACAUGCAUGCAAUUUUGUGUAUGUGUGUUCUAUGUGUGUGUGUUUGCAUGUAUAUAUGCACAUGUGUAUAUGUACAUGUAUGCCUGUGUGACGUGUGUAUAUGUGAGCAUGUGUACGUGUGUGUAUACGUGUGUGUUGUGUAUAUGUGUGUGUCUGUACCUGUUUGUGUAUAUGUGUGUGAUGUGUGCUCAUGUGUGUGCAUAUUCAGGCAGGUGUGCAUUUGUGCAUGCCAGUGUGUAUGUAUGUGCACAUAUGGACACAUAUGGACACACAUAUGGACACAUAUGGACACGCAUAUGGACAUGUGUGGAUAUGUGUGCGUACGCGUCACUGGGACACAUGCCUGCCACUCGGGGCCCAGCUGCCCUCUGUGUUUGUCCUUGCCACAGUCACGGGGUGCAUGUGCAGAGGGGAGCAGACCACUGGGGAUGUGCUGCGCCCUGCACGUGCCCAGGGGAAGCGGAAGCUGCAGCCGGGGUGGGGGCAGCACCUCUAUGCUUCAUCUGUGUGGGUGGCAGGAGACAAAAGCACAGGUUACCAUCUUGGCUCCUGGGAGCGACUCUUGCUACCCACCCCCACCCAUCCCCUUCCCCUUGGUGUUGACCUUUGACCUGGGGGUUCCCAGAGCCCUGUAGCCCUCGACCCGGAGCAGCCUCUCAGAAGCUGGAGUGGGCAGUCGCUGGCGAUUCUGAGAAAACUUGGCCACAUCCACCGGGGCCCUGCCUCCAGUCGGCCCCUGCCGAGUCUCUGCAUUCUGGCCGCCUCCCGGCUUAAUGAAUGCCAGCCAUUUAAUCAUUGCUCCUGCCACCACAAAUAGAUGAGCAGUUAAAUAAAACUCAACUUGGCAUAAUUCAAGGCAAAUACCACUCUGUGCAUUUUCUUAAGAGGACAUGAGCUGUGUGAAUUUUUAGCCAGCCUUUGGAAAAGAUGGGUUGCAGGGUAACUCAACCCUGGCUGCCAUCCUUGGGCACUCUGUGUGUCCAGGGCACCUUGGAGGACCAUGCAGCCCCCAGAAGCCUCCAGCUCCUGCACCACUCAGUGAGGCCCAGCCUGGCGCCUGCCCUGCCCCCGUCACGGGAUGGGCCCCCAUUGGGGUUCAACAUUCCAUCGCAGCCAAAGGCAGUCGGCACUUGGGACAUCUGCUUCAACGGACAGGUCACCUCUGCUUUGCACAGAAGAAUCUGGAUGCUUACAUUAAACUGAUGUUCUGAGAAUUCCUACAGGAAGGACUUCCUACAGGAAGGCACACAUACCUGGUGUGUGCCGGUAUGAUGUUCCACCAACAGAAACCUGGUCACAAUCGUCCCUUCCAGCACCCCGUCCAGCAGUGACUGCACACACUGAGUCCUCCUACCAGCCUCUUCCACCCCUGCUGACUGUCACUGGGCCCUGGGAUGUGCAAGACUCCACAGCAGCAGAGGUGGGGGGAAACAUCACAUCCUCUGCCGCCAGCUGUGAUGCCACCGAGGGGCUCGCCUGCUGAUGGCUUCAACAGGGUCUCACCUCAUCUUUUCCUGCUCUUUGGCCCUGGAUCGAGAAAAUUCCCAUCAGUGGCCCAUUAAUAUGCUGCCCUGUGGCAUCUGCCCAGGAGGCCCUGCCAGGCAUGCACAGGUGUGCAUUGGUGUACCCUGGCAUGCACAGGUGUGCACUGGUGUGCCCUGGCAUCCAUUGGUGUACCCUGGUGUGCCUGCCAUAGGACCCUGGGCGGGAGCUCCCAUCUCAUCUACAUCUCCUGAUUCAUGUGUUGUUUCACAGGUUUCAAUGUCUCUGUAAAUGUGGUAGAAAUGCAGGCUUUAUGGGCAUAAAGUGUACGUUUCUAAAUAAAUCCCUUCUAUUUAGUAUCCUCACCCUAAAAGUUACUGUUGUCCAGACGUAGAGGGAUGAGUGAGCCAGUGACCUCAGACGGGAUGGUGGGGACGGCAGGUCCAGCUCCUGCCUCCUCCUGGGGGUCUGGCUUUGGGGCAUUGCUCUGAAGAGGCCAUGGCCCAGGCCUGUGGCCUUGCAAUGGGGACCAACCAGCUCUUCUCAUCUUCUUCCCUCACACUUCCUCUCACUCAAAUAAGAACGUUCCAAAAAUGUGUCCACCUGGGCCCCUGCCCUGGGACUCAUGGAUUUGGAGUUGUGGCCACACGGUUGAGGGGUGCAGUGUCCCAUGGAAUGGGGCAAUUGCGGGCCUGGGGGCCCUUGGCCUGUCCGUGGCGGGAGCAUCUGCAAGGAGAAGCCCCAGAGUCCAGGGAGCACUGUGGGGAGCUCCUUAGAGCUGAACUCACCCGGCGUCAACUCAUCAACCCUCCACCCAUGGACAGGGGUGCCCCGAGCACAGGAGAGGACUCAGCCCUCUGCCCCCACGCACGGUGGGUGCCUGUCACCCUGUCCUGUUCAGCGGCCUGAGGGCAGCAGUGGGUGUGAGGGCAGCCCCCGGCCUCCCAACAGCAGCUGAGAGGAUCCCUGCGGGAAUCCAGGCUUCGGGUGCAUGCAAUCUGAUCUGAGUUGUUUCUGACAGUGACAGAGUGACAACCUAUAAGUAU